AUGCACGAUCCAGAGAAGCAAGUCUCCACAGACCAAGCUGUCAAUGUCUUGUCAAACCGCGACUGUUUGGUCCAAGCAACAAAUCCGAAUGACCCUGCAUACNNCCCCCCUCAAGAUGGUGGAAGAGGCGCCUGGCUAUUUCUCUUCGGAGCUUGUGUCAUCGAAGUAACAGCAUGGGGGUUGCCAUACUGCUAUGGAGUCUUUGAAGCAUAUUUCAUCUCUCACCCACCCUUUGCAGGCCAGAGCCUCAUCUCCACUGGUGGCGUCCUUUCAAAUGGCAUUUUACAGCUCUCGUUGCCUCCAGUGAUGUAUUAUGUCAACAACUUUCCUGAGCAUCGAGUGCCGGUCAUGUGGACGGGUUGCAUGAUCUGCACGGUUUCUGCCAUUGGUGCGGGAUUCGCGAGGACAGUGAGUAAGAGACUGUGGAUGGAGAUGACUUCGGGGCUGACUUUUGGGAACAAGCCGUUGCAGCUUAUCAUGGCGAUCGGAUUGUUGUAUGGUAUUGGUGCGGGGAUGCUGUUUGGGCCUUGCAUUCAUUUGAUGGCUGAGUGGUUCAAGGUGAAGAAGAGUUUGGCUUACGGCUUCAUGUAUNNCUGUGCAGCAGGUGCAGCCGCUGGAGCAGGAUUACCGCCAGUCUACACCGUAUGCCUGAACCGAUAUAGCUACAAAGUCACUCUGAUCGGCUGGGGCAUCAUUACGUUUGUCGUCACGUCCAUUGGCUUGUUAUGCGUGAAGCCUCGCCUGCCUAGCUCAGCACAACCGCUUCCACUCCCGCCGUCAAAAAGAGACUUUGAUUUUGCGAAAAAGCCUCUUUUUCUGAUCAUGUUGCUUGCGACCAUGGUGCAAGCGAUUGCCCAUUACGGACCGAGCCUGUAUCUUCCUUCCUUUGGCGCAGACUUUGGUUUGUCCGCUUCUGAGGCGGCUAUGCUGGCUAGUUUCUUGAAUCUCGCUCAGGCGAUUGGACAGCCUUUACAGGGUUGGCUUGCGUAA